AUCUCUGAACUGAAAAAUCUUAAAGGGAAGCCAGAUAAAAAUGAAAAACCUAUGUUGAACUUAUGAGGGGGAUUUUCCUCUCUUGAUAUAUGCAAACUUCCUCAGUCACAGAGAAGCCAGUGAAAAGAGGAGACUAUGGAAUGAAGGAAAAGAGGAGGGGAUAAAAAGGAGCAGAGAGAGACUGGCUGGGGGUAAAAGAAAAACAACAGGAAACCGACCAGUUCUAAUGCUGUUUCUGCAAAUCCUUCAGGGACAGCACAUCGGACUGCCACGUCCCAGCAACAUUCACACUGUCUUUUCUUUGAUCAUUACUUGAAGUAAUGACUAUGUAAAGGAUUUAAAGUUUAAAACGUGACGUCACUUCUGCUCUCAGCCUCCAACAGCCUGAGUGUGAGCGGAUGCAGACUUUUGGCAGUCGAUUCUGGGAUUUCUGUGCGGCUGCUUUUUGACCUACAAGCUCAAACCUUUCUAGUGGGGUCAUAUGGAUCAAUUGCUGUGCUUUCAAAGAUCGUUUUGUUUUCAACAUUUGGACUAACUGGAGCCACAUGAAGAAUAAGGGGACUAAGCAGAAGUCCAAAAAGAAAGGAAGUGAAAAUGCGUUCGGCUGUGACCUGAUGGAACAUCUCCAGAAUUCAGGACAAGAUGUUCCUCAGGUUCUGAAGAAAUGUGCAGAGUUUAUUGAGAAGCAUGGGAUUGUGGAUGGGAUCUACAGACUGUCAGGGGUCACCUCAAAUAUCCAGCGCCUCAGGCAGGAAUUCUGCUCCGAGGCGUGCCCUGACCUUACAAAGGAAGUGUACCUCCAGGACAUCCACUGUGUGGGUUCCUUAUGCAAGCUGUACUUCAGGGAGCUACCCAAUCCUCUGCUCACAUAUGAGCUAUACAGCAAAUUCACUGAAGCAGUCACAGUCCAGGGGGAUAAUGAGAGACUUUUAUACAUUCAGAGGGUCGUCAAAGAACUGCCGACCCCUCACUUCAGAACUCUGGAGUACCUUACUAAGCACCUGGCCCACCUUGCCACUUUAAGUGCCCAGACAAACAUGCAUACACGUAACCUGGCCCUGGUAUGGGCUCCAAAUCUGUUAAGAUCUAAAAACAUAGAGGCACCAUCUGGUAAUGGAGACAUGGCUUUCCAGGAGGUGCGGAUACAACAGUCAGUGGUUGAGUUUAUUCUAAACCACACCGAGCAGAUCUUCAGCAGUGAGUCUGUGCAACUCGAGGCCAAAGAAGGACCGAGUUUGAUGUGUGGGGAAAAGUACGCCACGCUCCCGCUCAGUGGCCAGUGUGGGCCGAUGAAACUAAUGAGUCUGGAAGAAGCUCAGGCCCGCUCCUUAAGUCCAAACCAUCCUGUGCAUAAAGAACGUCAGCGGGAGAACAGUCUGCCUGAUUCCAGCACUGCCACACUUUACCAUACUGUCAUAGACAUAUCAGACAGCAAGUAUGGCAGAUUUGAGAGGAAGUUUUCAGGGAAAUCAAAAAAGUGGAAGUCCAUCUUCAGCCUGGGAAGGUCUGUGGACUCGAAGGGAAAACUGAGCCGGAACGGUAGCGUGUUCAUAAGAGCACAGGGGAUAACAGAAAAAGCAGCUCUUCGUCCAUCCAGGAGCAUGGAGUCCUUGUGCUCCUUACCAACAGAUGAUGACAGGACAGGACACAGCAGUCCAGCUGGUGGACCCCGCAGCAUUUUUGUUCCAGAUGUCAAAUCCAGAACGCUGGAAUUGGACUCGCUUUACGAACUGAGUGAACAGGACCAAACCUGGGAGUUUAAAGGGCAGAAAGCUGGUGGGGCAACAGGUGCCUGGACCUCUAGCAUGAACCAAAAAGGGUCACCAGGUGCUUCUGUGCCCUCACAAAAAACACUACCAGAGCAACUGAAGGUGUUCAAAGGUGAUGACGUCAGUGGCUACAAGCCCACGUCUCCAAAGAACAGGAGGAUGUUGUACUCGGGCUCCUCCCAUAACAGCUCCUCUCGGCCCUCCUUCCCAGGUAACUUCUUCCCGCUGGAGUCCUCGCCAAGGCAUCAGCGCAGAGCUGUCAACAUAUCUGAGCCUUUUGCUGUGUCUGUACCCCUGCGUGUCUCCGCUGUUAUCAGCUCUAACAGCACACCAUGCAGGGGACAUGCCAAGGACAAAGCAGCUGCUCUGAAACCCUGCAAAGAAACCUCAGAGGUGGGCAGCAACAGUGGAAAGAGCAACACGCUCCCCCAACUGGAGACGACGCAGCAGGAAGGAAUGGAGAAAAAAAACACAGAGGAGCUGAGCUCUAGAGUACCGUCAGAAGAUACAAGCAAAGAAAUGGUGCCAGAAGGUCAAGGGCGGAUGAUGAGUUCUGAACUGGAACCACUCCUUCUUGUAAAUGCACGAGAGUUCAAGGAUGCAGCGCCAUCUCCUGGGAAAGAACUGCACAACCCGCCCAUACCUAAACAACUGGACAAAGGAUCUUCUCCUGGCAAGGAGCUGUGGGCCGAACUUCGCCAAAAACUGAAGAUAACUGAACCUGAAACAGAUCUGCUGGAUGACACUUCAAAAUCUAUUUUCAGCUCCAGGAGCACUUAUGAGGACAUGAAGUUAACGAUGGAUGUUAAGUCCAAGCGAAGCCGCAGCUCACCGUCUUUGUCUUUGUUAUGUAGGGAGCAGUCUUCAAAUACCUCUUUGAGCGACUAUGUAAUUGCCACUGGCUCUGACUCUACGAAGAAACAGCCCUCAGAGUCAGACAUCUUAUGUUCUCUUCACAAAAACUUUGAUGGAAAUGUUGGUGGAAGCACAGAAAAUGCCAGACCUCCUUAUGUGGCGAAUGAAAAAGAUAAGAAAGAGCAUCAAGAAAUCACACCCUUAAGCACAAAUGACCUAUCUACCACCAAGGAACACAAAUCUGCUUUAAAGGAAACAUGUGUAGAUAAGGUUGUGAAUCCUUUGACAAAAGAGGAUGUUCCAACAGUUCAAGGCUUCUCAAGAGCACAUGAUACAGACAAAUCUCAGAAAGAUGAAAUUUUUCAAGAAGACCAAAGAAUCUCCUGUGAUGGAGCAAAGAAGGUUGUGAUUCCUGAGGUGGAAGUUGUCCAGAGGCUUUCAGUGUGUUUGGAGGACAGACGUCACACCUUGGAGCUGCAUCUUGACGAUGAAGAAGGAUGCGGAGGGAAUUUUGAGGAGCUGGACUUGGUGGAGCCCUGGGAAGAUCUUGGCUCCACCAAGCAGUGGGUUACCAGUCCUCUUCAUUCACCUGAUAUUGAGGAGUUGUUGAACCAGCCGUCUAGUGGGGAAACACUGAGAUCAGAGGGAAAGAUUUCAUCUCCUUCGGUUGAUAAUAAACAAUCGACCAUGAAGAGUUCUGAACGCUUCUCAAGAAACAUUCCACACACUUACAGUAGUAAACCUGAAACUAAAUGGAUGUAUUUGCCGUCACUACCUGCACGGGUCAGUGCGAACGGCAAUAAUGCAACACAACCUCACGCAGUAAAAUGCAGCACAACAAAACAGAAGAAUACAGUGUCAUCUCAUAGAUUUCACAGACAGAUGUCUUACGAGGCAGCUGCUUCAGAGAAAAGAGAGGAUACUUGCUGUUUGAAACACAGGCCAUAUUCACUUAAUUUAGAUCUAGGGUACAGAUGCAUCAGAGAUAUUUCAAAUCAGCAAAACCGUAAUUUGUCAGAGUUUUCCUCUGGUCAGAGAGGGUUACUAUCCUCGUCUGGAACUGUAAACAGUGGGCUGCCCUCAGAGUUGGAACUGUUUCUCAGUGAUCAGCAGGCACCUCUGCGCCGGAAUUCAGCCCCGGUCAGCGUGUCGUCAGUGCGAACAGCCUUCAUGAUAAAAACAUGCCAAGCCAAAGCAGUGCCUGUCGUUCCUCCAAAGGUGCAGUACAGUCAGAUACCUCACUCCAGACUGGAGAAUGACACAGUUAAGGAAAAGGAAUAUCCUAACACAAGCACAGAGAAAAGCAACACUACACCUCCUCUGCUGAUGUCAGACCUAAAGGAGGAGCUGGAGAAUAAAGAGCCUGGCCCCAAACACCAAAAGCACCCAAAUGUUGAGAAAUUUGCUGAGUCUGAGAAGCCCACAUCCACUCCAGAGCUGCCUGUUAUAACAAGGAGAAAUGCUCCCAGCCUGGAGGUGUUUGCAGAUUGUCCCAGACCUAACAGAGGGAAUCUCUUACAUAGGCCAUCCUUUAGGAACAGACAGAGGCCUCAGAGUCUCAUCCUGCUCAGCCCUCCUUUUCCUAUCAUGGACUAUCCACCAUCAGGGGAUGAUAGCAAGCUCCUUUCAUCCAUCAAGGUUCUGAAUGACACAGCAGCAGUGAAUGUCUUUUCUAAAGAGAUGACAGAGAAUUUCAGGAUGCAGGAGGGGAUCGCUCUUCAAAACAAAAUGACCAUUCCAAAAAGUGGACAGAGACUGGAAACGUCAACCAGCUGCUUCUAUCAGCCCCAGAGGAGGUCGAUGAUAUUUGACAGCAGGAGCCACAGGCAGAUUGAGUGAAAGGAGGAAUCAGUGACUAUGUAAAUACAUACAGCAAAUAAGGAAACCAAUUAAAAUGGUAAAUGUGACACAGCAACCUUUUGUAGGAUUUUGUUUGCUAUGAUUCAAGCAUUUCUUGAGCGAUUUAGUUAAAAUAGUGAAUCUUUUUGCAAAAGCCAUGAGAUAUUUGAGAAAGUCUAGUUUUAUUCAUAUAUGCUUCAAGGUGUGAGAUCUAGAGCUGCAGCUGAUGAAUCUGUCAUUAUCCAUUCAUCUAAAUAUUCACAAAGAUGGAGCAUGAGACCACAGUUUUGACCCAGGAAACAGCAGUUUGACAACUAAUGUUACACCCACAGAGUCUUGUUAGAACUAUUGUUAGAACUUUAUGAAAGAUGACUUUUAUAUUCUAUCAAAUUAUGACCUUCACGCAAAUAUUCAUGUCUGGACUGAAUAAAAGAAAUGUAGAGUAAAAGUUAGCAGAAAUAAAAUGAGAAACUGCAGAGCUGACAAACUGUUAAACAGCUUACCAGCCAGGUAUUUGAUUAUUUAUCCCAAUUACUAUAAUAAACGUGAUACCUAUGAAGCAUUAUAUUGUACAUGUAUUGGCUCUGUGAUAAGCUGAUGUCAAUGUGAUUUUUUUAAAACUGAUAUUUAAA